AGUGUCUUGUAGGCCUUUGUUCCUGUAGUCUGUGAACAUCUCGCUGUCUAUAAGGCACAGAGGCUAUAACACGGCAAGCAUGGAGCCCGCUCAGAUCCCCGCAGCAAUUAUGAGCACUGCAAACACCACACACAUUAUCUUGCAGUAUAUUCAGAACCAGAACCUGCAAAAGCAAAACCAGGUGAAGAGGCAACGGCAGCUCAGUGACGAGUGAUGAGGACAUAGACAUGGACACAGACUUCUCUCAAAGUACGGGCCCUGGCAAUGUGGACAUCAUGGUGUUAAUGGGGCAGGUUCAUGCCAUGGAAUGCCAAUUCUGGGCCCAUGAAACAAGCACAGACUGGUUGGACCACAUAGUGUUGCAUGUCUGUGAUGAUUCCCAGUGGCUGCGAAACUUUCGCAUGCGUAAGGGCACUUUCAUGGAACUUUGUGACUUGCUUUCCCCUGCCCUGAAGCGCAAGAAUGAGAGCAGCCCUCACAGUUGAGAAUCGAGUGGCGAUAGCCCUGUGGAAGCUUGCAACACCAGACAGCUACCGAUCAGUUGGGCAUCAAUUUGGAGUGGGCAAAUCUACUGUGGGGGCUGCUGGGAUCGAAGUAGCCAACGCAAUCAAAGAGCUGCUGAUAUCAAGGGUAGUGACUCUGGGACAUGUGCAGGUCAUAGUGGAUGGCUUUGCUGCAACAGGAUUCCCUAAGUGUGGUGGGGAGAUAGAUGGAACCCAUAUCCCUAUCUUGGCACCGGAGCAUCAAGGCAGCGAGUACAUAAACCAAAAGGGGUACUUUCGAAUGGUGCAGCAAGCACUGGUGGAUCACAAGGGACGUUUCACCAACAUCAACAUGAGAUGUCAGGGAAAGGCACGUGACGCUCGCAUCUUCAGGAACUCUGGCCUGUUUCAAAAGCUGCAGCAGGGAACUUUCUUACCAGACCAGAAAAUAACCAUUGGGGAUGUUGAAAUGCCUAUAGUUAUCCUUGGGGACCCAGCCUACUCCUUAAUGUCAUGGCUCAUGAAGGCAUACACAGGGAGCCUGGACAGUAGUCAGGAGCUGUUCAACUCUAGUCUGAGCAAGUGCAGAAUGGUGGUAGAAUGUGCAUUUGAACAUUUAAAAGUGCGCUGGCGCAGUUUACUGACUCAGAUAGACCUCAGCGAAACCAAUAUUCCCAUUGUUAUUACUGCUUGCUGUGUGCUCCACAGCAUCUGUGAGAGUAAGGGGGAGACGUUUAUGGCCAGCUGGGACGUUGAGGAAAAUCUCUUGGCCGCUGAUUACACGCAGCCAGACACCAAGGCAGUUAGCAGAGUACAGGAGGGUGCGGUGCGCGUCAGAAGCUUUGAAAACCAGUUUCAUGAAUGGCCAGGCUAUAGUGUGAAAGUUCAGUUUGUUUCUCCUUGAUGAAGGCCCCCCGCCCCUCCCCUGAUCUUGGUUCACUCUACUCCUUGUAAGCUAACCACCCUCCCCUCCCCCCUUCGAUCACUGCUAACA